AUGCGCGGCUGGCGACUUCCGCCCGUUUCUCGAGCGCGCCGCCUGCUGGUCCACGCCCCACUUGGCCCGCUGGCUCUGCGGCGCCGUGCACAGACACCUCUUGCGCGAGUUGGCCCAGACAUACCCGCCGCCCAUGGUGGCCGAGUGCUGUGCUUUUGCCUCGAACCAGAUGCUCCAGUUCAUCAGCAACGAGCACCGCCGCCGCGGCUGGGACGCCAACAACGGCGUGUUUCGCCGCUGGUGGCUUCUUUUCUCCUUUGCGCACGAGUAUCUCGGCGUGGUGGGCGACGUCGAGGCCCUCUUGAACGAGCAGGAAUGAAGAAGCAGCGAGAUGGAUUGACAUUGGACAAGUCAGUCAUAAGGUCAUUCAGUUAUGGUCAUAAGAUUGGUCAUUCAGUUAUGGUCAUAAGAUUGGUCAUAGGAUUGGUUAUUCAGGACUGGUCAUUCAGUUAG